CUGCGCUUGCGCAAAUUAUCGUGCAUUGCUCUUCUGAAGCUAAGGCCGGGAUCGGCGGCGUGUACGGCAAUCUCUACAACUAUGACAACGUCAGAACUUGCCUGCGUCUACAGUGCUCUCAUUCUUCACGACGAUGGAUUACCAGUGACUGCUGACAAGAUACAGAAACUUAUUACAGCAGCCAACGUGGAUGUCGAGCCUUUCUGGCCAGGACUAUUUGCUAAAGCUUUAGAGAAUCAAGAUGUCGGUGCUCUCAUCAGCGGAGCGGGUGCGGCAGCACCAGCAGCAGCAGCUCCAGCAGCAGGAGAUGCUGCUGCUAAGGAAGAGAAAAAAGAAGAAGAAGAGAAGCCUAAGGAAGAGGAGGAGGAAGAAUCUGAUGAUGAUAUGGGAUUAGGUCUCUUUGAUUAGACGUGUUGGUGCUGUUUGAAGAAACGUGUGUUUAUUGUCUUAUGCAGAACGAUUUAGCAAUGCUAGUCUCUAGUGUUUCAGUCACUGUUUAUAAGACAAAGAAUGCAUGGGUACUGAUAUGUGAUUGUAUGUGAAUAUUGUUCUUAUACGUGUAUUUCAUAAAAGAUCACCAACAUCAGA